GCCCAGGAAGUCAAUCGACAAAAACAAGACGUGCGACGCGACGAUAAUUUUGCGAGAGGCGAGUCAGUCGCUAUCUAUCUCCCUCUGUGCUCGUUUCGUUUCGUUUCUUGGGGCUGUUUUGGGGCACACAACUGAAAAGAAAAAAAACAUUCCGCAUCCACACUCAGCAGCUAUCUUUCCGAAAGGCUUACUCAGCAGAAGAGGGAGUGAGUUGCACUAACCGUCCGUAGAAACAAUUAUCAGUUGCCAUCUCAGAGGAGGAAGAGCGCAUCCGCAUUCGCAUCCGAUCCAACCCAAACCGAUCAUGGCAACCACUCCACGCAGCAGCGGUGCCAGCGGCACUGGAACGGCGCAGCGGCCCAAUGGCACCUCGCAGAACAAAAGUUGCCAAUUCAAGUUGGUGCUCCUCGGCGAGUCCGCUGUGGGCAAGUCCUCCCUGGUGCUGCGCUUCGUCAAGGGACAGUUCCACGAGUACCAGGAGAGCACGAUAGGUGCGGCCUUUCUGACACAGACCAUUUGCAUAGAGGACACCGUCGUCAAGUUCGAGAUCUGGGACACGGCUGGCCAGGAGCGGUACCACAGCUUAGCUCCCAUGUAUUAUCGAGGAGCGCAGGCCGCUAUUGUCGUCUAUGAUAUACAGAAUCAGGACAGUUUUCAGCGUGCGAAGACCUGGGUCAAGGAACUGCAUAAACAAGCCUCACCAAACAUUGUCAUUGCGCUGGCCGGCAACAAGGCAGAUUUGUCAAACAUUCGCGUCGUGGAGUUUGAUGAAGCGAAGCAAUAUGCCGAGGAGAACGGGCUGCUGUUCAUGGAAACAUCCGCCAAGACGGGCAUGAAUGUGAACGACAUCUUCUUGGCCAUUGCUAAGAAACUACCUAAGAACGAUGGCGCCAACAAUCAGGGAACCAGUAUAAGGCCGACUGGAACCGAAACAAAUCGACCGACGAACAACUGCUGCAAGUGAUGUCCCUUCGUAGAAAAUGAAAUUUCCAACGAGAGAUUUGAAAAGUUUAUGCUGAUAAUUAUAAAUAAAAAAAUUAUUUAAAAAUUCAA